AUGCGAAAAAUAUUUUAGUUGCUCGCACUCUGCAUUUAGAUUCCGUGAAACUGAGCGGGUGAGCUCUGCCUCAUGUUCGAAAACUUUCCCGCGCAUAAUUUUGGAUUUAUUGUAUUGUAAAUAAUAAAGAAUCACCUCUGCAGUAGUGCAAGUCGCGUCAUUUUUCUCUAGGAUCGAGAAAAAUUCUCGCUCGAUCUGCGUUGACCCCAGAUUGCAUCCACCUAUAUAUAAAAACUAUGAUUCUAGAUUCUAUAAAUAUUUUUUAAAGUUUUCUGCCAUAUCUGUCAAACAACAUCAAUUUUGUCAAAUUGUAGCGAUGUAAAACAAUUUCUGAAAAUGUACACAAUUUCAAGAAAUAUGAAUAUUCGGCAAUAAGUCUUCAAUACCCAAUAAAUUAUUUCUACCAUCAUGUUACCGGCGAAAGUGAAAAUUAAAUAAAUUAUGCGCGACAAGCGCCUGUGUCACCGAUGACCGAAAAAUUAGACCUGAGUAUCACACACUCGGAUUUCGCAGUUUUGGAAGAGAGAGGCUUCACUUUGGAUAAAAUUAUUGGAGAGGGUUCUUAUGCUAAAGUAUUCAAAGCCACUCACAUGGUCGACGAGACUCGACACACAGUAAUGGCCUGCAAAGUGAUAGACACCGCACAAGCCCCGCGAGACUAUUUAACUAAAUUCCUGCCGCGAGAAUUGGACAUUUUGAUUCGCAUCAACCACCCUCACAUCGUGCACGUAUCGAACAUAUUUCAACGCCGCGCUAAAUACUUCAUUUUCCUUCGUUUCGCUGAAAACGGAGAUUUGCUGGACUUUUUGUCCAAAAACGGUGCGAUACCCGAAAACCAGAGUAGGCUAUGGAUGCGACAGAUUAUAUCCGGGAUCCAUUACAUACACACUAUGAACGUAGCCCAUAGAGAUUUGAAAUGUGAAAAUAUUCUCAUAACGGCGAAUUAUAACGUGAAGAUAACAGAUUUUGGGUUUUCGCGGAACGUCCGUCAGAGAGAUCGAGAUGUGUUGAGCGAGACGUACUGCGGUUCGCUGUCGUACGCCGCGCCCGAGGUGCUGAAAGGCGUGCCGUACCUGCCCAAGCUGGCCGACAUGUGGUCCGUCGGCAUCAUUAUGUACACGAUGCUCAACAAAGCGCUGCCUUUCAACGAGACGUCUGUGAAGAAACUAUACGAGAAACAAGUGAUGCGCAAGUGGCGGUUCCGCACCAGCGUAGUGAACCAGCUGUCGACGGAGUGCAAGCAGCAGGUGACGCAGCUCAUGGACCCCGAGGCCAAGGCGCGCCCCACCGCCGCGCUCGUCUUCAACGGGCCCUGGAUAGCCAUGGACCAGAGGCUCACCAAAUUAACAUUUCUGGAAGAAUCAUUGCUGAAACAAGCUCAGGAAGAGUCACAACGAAAAGAAAGGGAACGUAUUGAAGAAGAAAGUGAAGUGGAAAGACUCGCAGAACUACGACGCAAAGGAAGAGGGAAAGAGGGCCUCAAGAUAUUGAAAAACGCAGACUCAAACUUUGCUAAAUCACAACAGUUGUUCGAAGAUAAGGAAUAAAAGAAAAACAAAUAUUAAUUCAUUCAUCCAGUGUUUAUUAACUUUUACACUUCAUAUUUAUUUAAGUUAUUGUAAAAAUUAUUUAAUACAUUAUUGUAUAAACGAGCCAACUUUUAUUGAUAUCUGACGAUGAUAACUCACCCGUCGGUUAAUACUUGCUAUUCUUAACGUUACAAAACUAUGGAAGACAAGGGUCCAUUUAUAAAAGUCAAAUUGUAUUUGGAGCGCAUUCAAAAUCAAACCUCGAGACACGUUCUAAAGCUUCCUUAGUUCGGGUUUAAUAACUAGAUACAAAAAAUUCUACACUUUGCAAGAGAUUCAAUGUUAAUGCAGCUCGAAAUACUGUUCAACCGUAAACGUUACAACAUUCAUAUAAGAUUUGGCACAGUUCGGUAGGAACCAGGAUUGUGUUAUUAAAAGUUAAUCGAAAUAAUUGUUUAUGAUAAAUAAUAAAAUUGCGAAUUUGUUACCAAUUUCUCUGUAAAAACAUGAACCUUCUAAUAUUUGCAAACAUAUUACACGAUUUUUAGUUAAUUGCCGUUAGAAAGUAAAAAAAACUAUAUACAUAUACAUUUUAUAGUCGAACUUUCUUGCGCAGAGAACCCUCGAAACUUGAUAAAUAAAUGCUAUAUAUUUUUUUAAAUACUAAAUAUUGUGCGAUAAGGAUUGAGUAUGAAAUAACCAGAUUUAUUUAUGAUAAUAUGUACAUAAUAUGACAUAUUUCAAGUGAUUCAUUUAAUUUAAACAUAUUAUAUUUAUACUAACAAUGAAAACUCUUAGAAAACGCAACAUUAUAGAUGUACACUGAACUACAGUAACAAACCUUAAUGUUAUUACAUAAUAAUAUAUGUAUGUAUUUACUUUAAAAUAGCAGCAAUUAGAAAUGAGACCAGCUUAAUAUUGUCAUUUCUCAGUCAUUUUUAAAUCACUAAAUAAUCAUAGUGAUGAUUAUUAAACAAGAAACUAUAAAGAAUUUAAAAAGUCUAAUUAAUAAUCAUUUGAUUGAUCGUAUUUUUUAAUGAAUGUUCGAUAAACCUUCGAUAUAAUAACAAUCCAUACUAAUAUUAUAAAUGCGAGAGUGUCUGUCUGUUACCUCCUUAUUGCCCAUCCGCUUGACCGAUUUUGACAAAAUUUGACACGCAGAUAGCAUUUCGGAAACUGAUAUACCUAAAUUUUU